AUGCCGCCACAGCAGUACCUCAGUAAUUGGGCGCGACACGAAAGCCACUCGUCUACGGAGCGAGCCUCUGAGAGCCAUGAGCCCUCUCUUACACCGCAGUCCCAUUCUAUCGGCGCGAUCUGGUCCGCCGGCGCAGACGAACUCGUCUUCGGCGCUACCCUCUGCGUAGAUGAGGCGCACCAGUCCGCGCAUGACCAUCAACAGUUCCCUGGCGCUAUAUACCAUGUACUGGAAGAUGAAGAGCCAGCAUCGUCGUUUCCGUCGCAGUCUAUCAGUGAUACAGGGACUACCACGCCGGCUAGUGACCUUUCCGCGUACGCUUUCGCCCCUCAUGAGCCUCGGGGUUUCUCUACGCCUAGAGACAACAUGCAUCCCACGGGGCAACAUUCGCCAUAUCUUGCUCCACCCAUGAGCAGACCUGCUAUACCUCAGGUCCGUACCGCGUCCAAGAAAGAACCCAAGAAGACUAUGAUGACAGCGCCUAGCAAGGCCAACGGAGUGGCCAAGCCUUACCGACAUACAAUCGGUACGAACGUCCAGGCCAUCGCCAAUUAUGACUUUGGAACUGGCGAUAUCCAUCGUUUAACGUCUACUAGUCCAUUGCACAGCGAUAUAUCACCGCAACUCACUAGAUCACUGUCGAGCUCACUCGGACCGCCAAAUAACUCGCUGGACCUCGCAGCAGCAAGCUUGGGCGACCAAAAAGAUAUCCGCCAUGACUUACCAACACCACACGUUGAAGCCGACGGCGAGAUCUCCACAGCGAUACGUCUUCGAACGCCAAGCGAGACGCAAGGAGGCAAGAACCUUGCUCGAGCAUUGGGCUUCCUUGGAGGUAGAACCAGCCCCAUCGGCCCCGGUGUCUCAGGCUUCGACUUCACAUUCGCUGACCUUGUCGACGCGAGGGACCGGUUUCCUGGCCAAGUCAACAUACAUCGAAACGCGCUUCUCGGUUCUGAAGACUAUAACUCAGCAUUCGAAGAAGACGCACGGCUGAGCCGAGACCGCUGCAAUCAAGCUAUUCUUGGAUCCUCUCCGGAUACGUUACCCCGAGGCACCUACCUUCUCGAUCUUGGCGGCGGCUUCCAUGUCACAGUCCCGCUUGAUCCAAUAACCGAAGCUACAUUCAAGCAAGGCGGCCAAGGAACCAUACCACCCGAGGGUCUCGUGCGUAUCGCCACGGAGAUGACCAUCGACAUGAAAGACUACCGUGUCGAUGGUAAACCGCACCCGGUAUACAGUAUGGGCGCUCCAAAGCAGGUUGAUAUCCGGUACCUGGGCUCGACACCUAUAACCAUAGUGGAGAUGGCCAUCAACCGCGCUUACAACACCGACGCCGUCGAAGGUGUCGGCCCAUCGACCAUCAGUCAGCAGACGAACAAACAUGGUCGUGAGAUCCAAGAACUGUCUGGCUCUCGUGGUCAGGAACAACAGCAUCUGCCUGCGAUCGCGGCUUCUCCAGUAACAUCUUUCUCUUGCGAAAACUGGACACCGCCUGGCAAGGAAUAUCGACUAGUCGACUACUACGUCCGCGAUCUUGCGAACGGCGUCGACCGUGAUGACUUUCCUUCCGGUUCAGACAGGGGUCUUCUAACUCAAUUGAUUGAGUAUGUCGUCGACAAUAUAGCCGAGUGGGGUGACCUUUUGCUCAGCGAUGUUGCGUUCAUCGAAGAUUCGGAGGGUUACUUUGAGACAACAAACCCUUCUUUUGGACCUGGAAUGGAGAACCCAGACGAGGAGGCGUCUCGUCGCCACAAAUCAGAUUUAAAACGAUAUCGCAAGACGAUGGCGGAUUAUCGCAUCCGGCAGAAGAAGGACAAAGCAAAGGUCGCGAUGGGGAGCCAAGACCAGGCUCAAUGA